ACUAAAAUAACUUUGGUCCAAAAUUCCUCCAGUAUGACAGGCAUAACUACAACUCUAACAACAAAAACAUCUACAGGUUCAUCAAUAAUGUCUCCAACAUUCACAACAUUGAAAGCAAACACCCUUACUCUUACCCCUGGAUGUAAUUGUCACUGGUCAGAUUGGAACGAUUUUGGGAGCCCAACGGCAGGCCCUGAUGGCGGUGAAAUUGUACCUAUUGAAAAAAUAACUGACACUUAUCCUACCUUAUGCUCAGCACUAAUGGAAGUACAGUGUCGUGCAAAACAUUAUCCUGAAGUUCCUCUUUCAAAACUUGGACAGAUUGUGAAAUGCAGUAAGAAAGAUGGUCUAAUUUGCUUGAACAAACACCAAGGCCUUGCACAGCAAUGCUACGACUAUGAGAUUAGAACAUUCUGUUGUGAUGAAAACUGUAGAAAUAUCACAACAUCUUUACUAAGUACAGCUACUACAACAGUUUCAUCAACAAGCAUGCACUUACAACCUAGUACAACAUCAGUGGUCCAAAGUUCCUCCACAGUUACAGGAAUAUCCACAGACACAUCAACAACAAUUUCUACUGGUAGAUCUUCACCAACUUUUUCAACAAGCAUGCCGUCAACCCCAGUUAAUACAUCAACAAACCUUACUUCCUACACAAGCGCAAGUUUAUCAACAACAACUUCCACAAUGCAUUCUGUCUCACCUUCAGUUUCUUCAACAGAAAGGUUUACAGAAAUCACAACACCAAGAGUCCAGAAUUCCCCAACUGGUACAAGCAUACCCACAACUCCAUCAACAAUUAUAACACCUUCACCAGUGUUCUCAACCAGCAUGACAUCGCCACUGACUAAAACAACUUUGGUCCAAAAUUCCUCCAGCAUGACAGGCAUAACUACAACUCUAACAACAAAAACAUCUACAGAUUCAUCAAUAAUGUCUCCAACAUCCACAACAUUGAAAGCAGUCACCCUUACUCUUACCCCUGGAUGUAAUUGUCACUGGUCAGAUUGGAACGAUUUUGGGAGCCCAACAGCAGGCCCUGAUGGUGGUGAAAUUGUACCUAUUGAAAAAAUAAUUGACACUUAUCCUACCUUAUGCUCAGCACUAAUGGAAGUACAGUGUCGUGCAAAACGUUAUCCUGAAGUUCCUCUUUCAAAACUUGGACAGACUGUAAAAUGCAGUAAGAAAGAUGCAACAUCACAACACCAUCACUUAGCACAGCUGCAACAACGCCAUCAGCAAGCAUGCACAUACCACCACCAUGCCUACAACACCAAUUAUGGCAUCGACAAGCCUUAUUUCCUCAAGUACAAGCAUAUCAGCAAAUCCAGCAAGAACUUCCACUAUUUAUUCUGCUACACCUUCCGUUUCUUCAACAAGCAGAUUUACACAAAUUACAACACCAAGAGUCCAGAGUUUCCCCACUGCCAGCAUGCCUCCACCACCACUUAUAACAUCAACAAGUCUUAUUUCCCCCACAAGUACAAACAUAUCAGCAACUACAGCAACAAGUUCCACAUUUUUUUCGGCAACACCUUCAAUUUCUUUAACAACAAGAUUUACACGAGAGGUUACCACACCGACAGUCCAGAGUUCCCCCACUGA